AUUAGUCAGUAAUUCUUCUUAAACUUCACCGUGUCUACACUGGAUGUGACCAAAGACUUCAGAAGCCAUUAUAACCCGUGUGACUGUACACACUGGACACCGUUCUUCUUCUGCGUGCUCUAAACACUCACCAUACUAACAGACAUGAAGGUAGUAAAAGUUUUUACUAAAAUAGGUCUAUAGAUGAAACCCGUAUAAGUGAGAAGCCACAGGCUGUAGAGCCUCUGAAGGGAAGUGCUCUAGAGGAGCUUAUCAUUCACUCUGAGCUUCACUACAGACCGACAGCACUGUCCUCUCCUGAUCUUCUGCCACUUUCUACCUUUAUUAGACCAUUUCUGCUGGGAUUUACUUUUCUAAUCUAGCAGCUCUUUUUAUUUGAAACCAUUAAUCAAAAUUCAAAAAGAAAAUAUUUGACAUGGGUGUAUUCAUCUGUUUGUGUUUAUGGAGUCUGACUGGUGUGUUUGUUGCUGAUGCAGUGAAGUCAGAGUCAGUGACUGAGGGAGAAUCAGUCUCUCUGAACUCUAGUCUCACUCAAAUACAGACACAUGAAGAGAUCGAGUGGAAGUUUGGUGACAUUCUCAUAGCUAAAGUGAAGAACAACAAGAGCGUGUUUUAUGAUAUUGAUGAUGAGAGUUUCAGAGACAGACUGAAACUGGAUCAGACUGGAUCUCUGACCAUCAUCAACAGCAGAACCACAGACUCUGGACUUUAUACAGUCUCCAGCAGCAGCAGAGACACGAUCAACACGAUCAAUCUCACUGUCUAUGCUCGUCUGCCUGUUCCUGUCAUCAGCAGAGACUGUUCUUCAUCAUCAUCAUCAUCAUGUUCAUUGGUGUGUUCAGCUGUGAAUGUGAGUCAUGUGACUCUCUCCUGGUUCAAAGGAAACAGUUCAUUGCCCAGCAUCAGUGUGUCUGAUCUCAGCAUCAGUCUCUCUCUACCUCUGGAGGUGGAAUAUGAGGAUCAAAACACCUACAGCUGUGUGCUGAACAAUCCCAUCAGAAACCAGACCAGACAUCUCAACAUCACUGAACUCUGUCACACAUGUGCUGCAGGCGAAUCCUCGUUGAUCACUGGACUGAUUUCUGCUGCUGCUGGAUCUCUGUUGAUUGUAGCUGCUGUCGGGAUCUUCUGGAUCUGCAGGAAGAAAACACACCAAGAGGUUCAGAGCGGUGAAGAAAUCACAUACGCUGAUCCCACGUUCUACAAACGAAGAGCACAGAAAUCGAGAGCUCAAGAGGAGGAGGAUGUGGUGUACGCAGGAGUCGUCAUGCGACACUGAUAGAAAUGUGCUCCUGUUGAGCCAGCUUUCUAAAACCCAAAGAUCCAAAAAUGGGAAAGGACGUGGAUUACUAUAUUAGAGUGGUUAUAUUAUUCUGUGUGAAUAUAAUGAUAUAUGUGUAUUUUAUGUCACAGGAAUCACACACAAGUGAUGUGAUCUAGUUUACAGAAAUCAGAAGUUAACCUGAAAAUCUAACUCUCACACAAGUGUGGUGAAAUCAUUCAAAAAAGGAAAUGACUGGUUUUAUUCCAGGGCUCUGAGCAGUGCUCUUGUUGUGUGUAUGUUUGUACUGUUUUCAGAUUCUGUUCUGUUAAUGUGUUCAGACAGUUUUGUAUUUCUCUGCUGGAGCCUGUAUGAACCUGAUUGAGCGUCACCUCAGUGAACAUGUUCUUUCACAGCUCUCUCUCUGUGAUGUUUUAAAGUGUAAAAUGUUUAUAUGCAAGUCGUUUAUUUCAAAAUCUUCAUAUUUUAUUGCUUUGACACUUAUACCUCUUUACGCCCUUUUUGUAGUGUAUUGCUUCUUUUGCUCUGUAUUUUGUUGUAAAUACAAAAUAAAUAAAUACAUAAAACACA